AGGUGUAGGGCUCAACAUGCUAUGGAUUUGAUAGCCCACAGUCCGGCUUCUAGUACGCUGCUGGCGGUCUUACGGCAGGUGUUUCCUACGGCUGACGUUAUCCGUCCUGACGGUGUCGUUGACAAUGUGUUGGGUGCCGCCGUAUCAAACGCGUGCCUCUGAUCCUUAUGGCAGUUCGAUGUAGAUCAAUCGCAUACAUGUGCAGAGAGGGAAGUUUACGUCCAGCGACCUGAGGAUAGAGGCGGAUAACUGCAGUGCAGGCUACACGUUGUACGACAUGAUACUGUGAGGCCGCUGCAUGAGGCAGCCUGGACAAACAUGAUGGAGGAGGCUGCCAGUCGGCUCGAGAGAGACCAUGUGCACAGUGUCUAUGACAAGAUUGCUCCAUAUUUCAACGACAGCCGCUAUAAAGCCUGGCCAAAGGUACGACAGUUCCUGCUGGACCUGCAGCCGGGGAGCAUCGUCGCUGACAUUGGUUGUGGCAAUGGCAAGUAUCUCCACAUCAACAAGGAGGUAUUCAAGCUGGGGUGCGACGUUUGUCGCCCCCUGGUGGACUUUGCCUGGAGCCAAGGGCACGAGGUCCAGAUGUGCGACGGGCUGCAUUUGCCUUACAGAGACGGCUGCUUCGACGCUGUGCUCUCUAUUGCAGUCAUCCAUCAUUUGUCCACCAAAGAGCGCCGUAUCCGAGCAAUAAAGGAAAUGGCUCGCACCCUGCGAGUGGGCGGACACAUCAUGAUCUACGUGUGGGCCAUGGAGCAGAAACGUCGUAAAUUUGAGAAACAGGACAUCUUUGUUCCCUGGAACCCCAACCCUCAUUCGCCCUCUGCCUUCAACAGGGAGCAUGCCAAACCCAGACGGAGGGCCACAGCUCAGAGCGUGAGCGAAGCCAUAGACAACACUGACAAGCACAGGAAGGUUAGAAGCACAUCCUCCGUGGUAGACGAAGAAGAUCUGACUUGCACCACGCCACAGCAGAGGACACAGAGACUGUGGUUCUUCUCCAGGUCUCUGGAUUCUGUGUUCGACUUUGGAAGCUUAGCCAUCUCCCGGUCAUCCUCCAGAGACUUGGGCACUUUAUCUUCACCCACAGGUGAAAAUGAGGGAAACAAAGCCAGCCAGCGUGGGAGAGGACGUGGUCUCAUCAAGCAGGUCUCGAGCUUCUUUUACUCGCCGUCUGUGAUCGGAUCAGAAGAGGACGUCUUUGAUUCUGUCACGGACCUGCACAAGAGACAAAAUGAUCCUGGAGGCAACACCACCACCACCACCAACGGCACAGAAAACCAGAGUGUCUCAGUAUCUUUAGCCCAGGAGUGUGGCUCUCUGGCUCUGCCAGAUCUGGUCCCUUUCCAGAAGGAGUACCUGAAGCAGUCUGGAGAUGAAAGUGAAGGAGGGCCGCAGGGAGGAGAGCAGAAGGAAAGCACAAGGAGUCCUCAGGGGAGCGAGGGGCAGGUGGAGGGCUCCUGCCUGAGGUACUAUCACGUCUUCAGGGAGGGAGAACUGGCAGACCUGAUAGAGAAUCAUGUUGAAGAGCUUCAUGUCAAACACACUUACUUUGAUCAUGCCAACUGGUGUGUGGUGGCGGAGAAAGUUCAGUUAUGGAAAAUAUGAUUUUAACUUGAUUUUAUUUUGCUUCAACUCUGCCUCAAGUUUUAGCACUGAAUCACACAUUUGAUUAUUACAUACUUAUAACUGAAAAGUAAAUAUACAGAUGUAGCCAUUGUUGAAGGAAACACUAAACUUCUCCUCUGCUGCAAUUCUCUACUUAAUUCUAAUUGUUUUAUUCUCUUAGGUUUGUGGUAGUCCUGGAACCCAUCAUAUCUAGCAUUAACAUUUAUUUUAGAUAGUAUAACUGUAAUGGUUUGGCAGCAGCAGUGGAGGAUGCACUGAGGAUGGUGGGGUUCAACAAUGGCUAUUUCUGUAUACUGCACCGUGUUUUUAAAGUAUGUAUUCUUUUUCAAUACAAGAAACCAACACGCAGUAUUGAAAUCCAGUUUGUGUUCUCUUUUAGUGUCAAGAAUUAGUUUUUAUUAUCAAACCACAGCAAGCUCCAGUACUGCUAAUGAAUUCAAAUCUUUUAAUAGAUCAUUUCUGCAAGGGAAAUGUUAAGAAAUGCACUGUUUCUCUUUGGACCUUUUUAAGAUUAGCCAAAGAAGAAUUUCUGAGAAAACAGUAGACUCUUCCAUCUGCUCUUAAAUGUUUAAUGAAUUGAUUACAGUGGAGAAUUCUUGCUUCCUUGUCUGCUUGUUUUACAAUUGCACAUUCUUUAAAUGAAUAGGAAGCUUGCAGCAAGUAUCUGUUAUGGACUUCUUGGUAAACUGCUCAAUGUAAUCCAUCAUAACACUAUCAGAACAAGAGCUCAAAGUUGUGCAGAAUAUUUUCCAAAACGUGUACAUUUGCUUGCUGUGUUUUACUCUCUUAGGUGUUUCAAAGAACGUGUUGUCUGUGUGUGUGUGUGUGUGUGUGUAUUUGAUAUUUGUAGUAGUGUAUAUGGUCUUGUGUUAAAGUAACAAACUGAGCUAUACGGCUGGUAUGUUUCAGCAAAUCAACUGCCUCAUAUACUGUGAAUAAACAUUGCACUGUACCACAAAUAUGUUGCUGCUUGAUGUCAGUGAAUGACACAAAUAUAAGUGAAACUUGAAAAUACUGGUUAUCUGUACCCAUUGUGCCCAGAUGGCGCAUAUCCUUAUCAGUGCAGUAUGUGUGGACCAAUUGUUUGUUCUGAAGUGACACUGGUACCUUAAUGUAAAUACUUUUGAGUUUGAAUUUGUUUUUCCUUAUUAAAUAUUUUUGUUCAGUGA